ACAGGCUAAACGCACACGCAGAAGUCAUUGAUGCUUUUCACUUUGAGUCUCUCCUUAAGGCUAGUACUACCUCAAAUAUGUCCGGGUUACAGUUAAGUUGGCGACUCCUAAGGUACUAAGUACCAAAGGUACCUUAAUUAGGCAGUAGUGUAGGUACCUAAUUGACCGCACAGCCGGGGCGACACUUCGUGGCGCGAACCAUUGGCCGUUUAGUUGCGCUUUCCGGAAGCCGCGCGAGUGGCCAGCGGCCGUCGACUUUCUUUGCCGACUGAUGAUGUUUGUUAUUCUCUUCUUUCUGAACUUUCUCUUCCAGUUUAUUUCCCAUCGCUCCCAUGAUUGGUGCCUCCCACUUUCUCUGCGAUGUCUGGGUUAAAUCCAUUCCGCCCUAGAAAGACAGAGAACCCCUCAAUUCAUCGUUCUUCACCCGCUACCUCGAUCUCCGCAAAAUCAGCCUUUUCUACACCCCCAUCAUCUACUACGGCCUCUCAGCAUGCCCUCUUUCAGCCGAAUGGCCUUGCCGGAGCCCCGCCCACGUCCCACGUUCCGGACCUCGAUGACACGAUGUCCUCCGAUGAUCAAUCCGUAUCGGAUCCCUUUCAUCAGGGCAUACACAUGAGUGAGGAUGACAUGGAGGAUCGAGACGGAAGUAUAUCGUCUGCAACAUUUGACGUCUCCAAGUCUCGCGGCGGUGAUUAUCUCCAAGAAACCCUCCACAACACUGGUCCACACACAGCUCCAUACCUUAGUCAACCAGCUCCGGCGAUCCCGACAACGCCAUCUAUAAGACAGACCGGGAGGGCAAGCAACGAAGAAUCCCUCCCCGAGAGUGAAAACUAUAAAGACUCUGGCAACAUAGCGUCUGGAAGCUCUAUCCAAUUGCUGGCCCAUCAUUCAGGUACUCGUGCCGCAAAGAAUUCCGCCACGGAUGUUUCUCGAAGCACUUCACGAACAGACGCAUCGAAACGAGCUAUAGUAGGAGACCAUAUGCCAGCAAUUGAUGCAGAGGCAAGACCUCUGGUCAGUCGUUCAGGCAAUAGGGAGAAGAUACCGCCGCCUCCGCCCAAGAGCCACCAUGGGAAGUUGAUCAACCCUAGCCCUGGCUCGACUCCCUCCUCUCCUCACCCCGCACCUUUCAAACCUACAAACCGCUUUUCAUUUCAUGGCCUCCCCCCGGAGUCGUCAUCGUCACCCAACCCAUCACAGCUAAGAGUGGAUUAUUUCACCGGAUCGGCUAGUAGCGAAGCCAAAAAGCCAAGUGAGCCUUUAAAGCGCAGCCAAUCUCAAUACAAGCGACCACCGACACCGCCGCUGAGUAGGCGGCACAGCCAGAUGAGAAGGUCCAAGACCACCGUGUCCAAGCCAAAUCCUAGCAGGCUUUCUAUGCCGGCCGUCAAGAUGGAGGGCACUGAGUCCCCUCCGCCUAGUCCAAGCUCUUGGAGCUUGAACCCUUCGCGAACUCGGGAUACCAGACCAGGUUUUUCGUCUGAGGAGAGCCCCCGGAGACCUUCUAUACAGCACCAGAGCGCUAGUGCGGUGAUAUCCACGCCGGGCACAGAUACCUCGGCUCCAUCAUCUCAGUCCAACUCCCGGACGCCUUCCAUGAAACGAGCGUCGAUAGGCAACCCUUUGCCACCACCUCCGCCUCCACGACGCACACGAGGAUCCAGCAGUCAGAGUAAUGAUAGCACCCGACCGACAAGUCUCCAUUCAGAGAAGCGGCCGGAAGUGCACGAAGAAUAUAUUCCUCAUCCGUCCAAUGCCAAUGAUAUCUUGGCUGAUCUAUCGCGUCUACAGAAGGAGGUGGAUGACCUACGGGUUCAUUACGAGACCCGUAAGCCUAGUCAUUAAUAUAUAUCUGGGCCGGAAGGAAGCUGGAGUCUGAUAGGUGAUGGAACCAUUGGACACGGGGUUUGUGCGUGUGAAGCCUACUGCUGAUGUUAUUAUUUUUAUUUCUUCUUCCGCUACUACUACUACUACUUCUUCUUCUACCACCACUACUCUUCCUCCCCCUACCUGAUUCUAUAUAACUCGUUCCAUUCCAUGAAUCGGCUGAUGAAUGAAUUAUAAUGUCCAAGUGCUAUCGAGUAUUAUAUGGGUUCAUUUACUAGACAAUUGCAUUGGAAUUUGACACUCAUGUUUAAAAAAAAAA